GUUCAGCGGAGAGAGUUGGCCGGAAAUGUUUCGUCUGGCGACCUUGUGCGACUGCAACAGGUGUGCGGGUUGCGCAGAGUUUCUGUGUGAGCUUUGUUCUGUACAUUGCUUGUGGCUCUCGUUGCUGAAAACUAAUUUUAAAAAGAGUUUUCAUUUACUUCGCGCGGACGGCAAGCAGGAAGCGUUACUGCGAGGGAGAACGCGCCGCUUCUAUUCUUGUGACCAAACCCAGUGUCCAUGGGGGUACAUCGGCGUCUUGUGUUGUUAAAAAAAAGAUUACUGCUGAUGAAGAUGAGGGACCUAGAAGAAAAGAAGAAAAGAAAGAGGAAAUUCUGGGUGCACCCCAUCUGGCAAGUCAGAAAGGAGGAGGGUGAAUACCACACCGCGUUUCCAGUCAUGAAGACAGAUGAAGACAUGUUCUUCCGAUACUAUCGGAUGAGUCCGAAGCAAUUUGACGAACUGCACAGCAUUGUCCGCAGGGACUUGAGGAGGAAUUUUGUUUGCCGGGAGCCUCUUUGCUCUGAAGAGAGACUUGCUAUAACCCUCAGGUACCUAUCCUCGGGAAUGGCAAUCAAGCAGAUAGCACUCGCAUUUCGAGUUGCGCCAGCAACAUGUCGGCUUGUGAUUCACAAUGCCUGCAGAGUGAUCUGGAAGCACUUGGAGCCGCUCUACCUGCCUGAGCCAGGGCCUGUGCAAUGGGAGGAAUCUGCACAAGAAUUCAGCAGGCGUUGGAACUUUCCUCAUUGUGUAGGAGCAGUAGACGGAAAGCACGUCCAGAUUAUUGCACCACCAAAUUCUGGAAGCAGCUAUUUCAACUAUAAGGGGACGUUCUCCAUUGUUUUGAUGGCCAUCGUGGAUGCAAAGUACAAGUUCAUGAUGGUAGAUGUCGGUGCACCAGGCCGACACAGUGACGGCGGAGUCUUCAAAUCGUGCACAUUUGGAAAAAAGCUAAACGAUGGCGUCGUGGCCCUACCAGCAGCAGCACGCCUUCCAAAAAGCCAGAAGGUUGCGCCACAUGUUUUCGUCGGGGACGAAGCAUUCCAAUUGAGGACAGAUUUUUUGCGUCCAUUCCCGGGCAAAGGCAUGCUGCCAAUCCAGAGGGUAUUCAACUACCGGCUGAGCAGAGCAAGGCGCAUCGUGGAAAAUGCCUUUGGCAUUUUGACAGCUCGUUGGAGAAUCUUGCUGGCGCCCAUGAACCUUCUACCUAAAAAUGCAACCUUUGCUGUCCUGGCUUGCUGCGCUCUCCAUAACUUCAUCUCUUCUGCCCGGGAAACAACCUACUGUCCACCAGGCUAUGUGGAUUCCGAGGAUGAUUAUGGGAAUAUCGUCCCAGGCCAGUGGAGAAGUGAUGCUGUGUCAAGUAGCCUGCUUGACCUUGAAACAACGCAGUCUAGGAACUACAGAGCAAGUGCUGCUGACACAAGGAAUCUUUUCGCCCAGUACUUUUUUAAUGAAGGUGCCAUUGCAUGGCAGUGGGCUCACACUGGACUUACAGUGCCACAGAAUCCAUAGUGGAUUUAAAGCACCCAUUUAUUCAGGGUUGUCAGGAAAUGUAUACUUCGCGAUGAAUUGCAGCAAAUCCAUUUCCAUGUCCCGUUUCGCAUGCUUCGGGCAUGCCCGCAGCUUGUGGGCAACUAGCUGCCCAUAGACUGACGCUUGGUCCUUGUCCUCAGCUAUCAGGGCGUCAACUUUAUCAAUGUCGUCCUGCCACCGAGACCUCUCUUUCUCUUUCCUUUUCUUUCCUGCGCCAGACCGAGGGGCUACCAGGGUUCUUGCAGCGGUGCUGGCUUGUGAGCUGCCGCUUGGUGUGUGUGGCUCUGGGCUGGUACUUCUUGAGGGCACAGGUGGAGAGAGGGCAUCAUCUUCAGGAGGUUCCGCUCCGUCUUGAAUAAAGAAAAGAAUUGCAAACCUUAAGCACUCAAAAAGGUUUUUGGAUCGUUUUAAAGAGUGGAAAAGUAAAAAAAUGAUUUGUAAACUUCCCAUGCUGCUUCUUCGUAAAUGAAAGUAUGUAUUUCAGAACAGAGCCCACACGUAGGACCGAGCUCACACAGGACAAGAUGGUGUUCAGCAUAAGUUGAACGCAGUGUGUACAAUGAUAGCUUCUUGCUCUUAGCUAAAUUACCUUGCAGUGUUUCAGCAUCAGAAGUAAAUAAAUUAUUUUCAAAUCUGAGA